AUGGCGGCUUCCAUGCUGGUGAUGAUCUUGACAGCGUGGUCCAGUAGAGAAAUUGUGCUUAGCAUUGUGUUUUAUUAUUCUGAUCCACAGGUCAAACUGUACCACAAGAACUUCUACCGUCCUGAGAACCUGUGUGUGAUUGUAGCUGGCAGCGUGUCUCCCAAAGAAGUACUCAAGGCUCUGGAGCCAUUUGAGAAAAAGAUCAUUGCAAAGGGCCAGAGGAAAUCAUUCACUCGACCAUGGCAGAAACCAGUACCACCCAUCACUGGACCUUUGGAGUUAACAGUACCAUACCCAUGUGAUGAUGAUGACCACGGCCUUGUUUAUGUAGCUUUCAGAGGACCUUCACUCAAAGCUUGUGAAGACAUUGCAGCAUUGUUGGUUAUGCAAGACUACCUUACAGACACAUCAGUCUCUCCUCUACAGAAAUUGUUUGUUGAGACAGAAGAUCCAUACUGCAGCAUGGUAAAAGCAAGUUUUAUUGAAAAUAAAGAAAGCUGCUUUUAUUUUGGCUUUGAGAACGUGACCAAAGGAAAACUCAGAAUGAUCAAGAGCACUUUGAUCAAGGCUUUGUCCGAUAUUGCUAAUGGCGCUACUCCUCUGGACAUGGAAAGAAUGGCUGUUGUAAUUCAGAGGCGACGUCUCCGGAUACUGAAUCAGGUUGAAUCUGCACCGCACGAGAGUAUCGCAAACACCGUCAUUAUGGACUUCCUCUAUGGAGACACGCUCGAAGAUCUGCGGAACAGGGUAAACCAGAUCCCCAUAUUCGUGGGCCUGCUGAAAAAAGAUAAGCAGUUUUGGGUGAACCUUCUGAAAAAGCACAUGGUUGACAACAAGGCCAUCAGUGUGAUUGGAGAGCCGAGCCCACAUUUGCUGGGGAAGAUGUCUGAUGCGGAGAGCCAGAGGAUCCAGCGACAGCGAGAAACGCUUGGGGAUGACGGCCUCCAGAAGCGAGCCGAGGCUCUAGAAAAAGCCAUUGAGGCUAAUGAGGCAGAGCCACCAAAGGACAUGAUCUUAGCUGUCGAAGUUCCACCCGUGUCAACCAUCAGCUUCCACAGUCUGUUGCGUGCUUGCAAUGCUCAUGGCGAUAAGGGCAUUAUGUCCUUUGGCCUUCAAGGAAUUCCCUUCCGGUUUGAACUGGACCAUAUCAAGACCAACUUUGUCUCGCUUACUGUCAUGCUCAACACAAGUGGUAUCUCCCAGGACCUUCGCAUGCACAUACCACUUUUUCUAGAGCUGCUUCAUGAGUCACCGGUCAUAACAAAAACAGGCCGCUUGAACCACAACGACGUCAUCAACCAACUGGAGGCAGACACCAUCCACAUCGUCACUGGAUUGGGCCUUGAGUGCAGCGCCCGCUUCUUUGCCGGCUCCCAUGCCCAGUAUGCCUCCCUCUGCCUUUUG